AUGGGCCCGCCAAGGCCGGCGCAGCUGCUGCUGCUGCUGCUGCUGCUCGCUGGAGGCGCCUCAGCCCAAUACGAAGUGCUGGAAAACAUCAGCCCGAGCUGUCCAAAAGAUGCAACUCGAUUCAAGCACCUCAGGAAGUACGUUUACAGCUAUGAGGCUGAGAGUUCCAGUGGAAUCCCUGGGACUGCUGAUUCAAGAAGUGCCACCAAGAUCACCUGCAAGGUCCAGCUGGAGGUCCCCCAACUCUGUAGCUUCAUCCUGAAGACGAGCCAAUGUACCCUGAAAGAGGUGUAUGGCUUCAACCUUGAGGGCAAGGCCUUGCUGAAGAAGACCAAGAACUCUGAAGAGUUUGCAGCUGCCAUGUCCAAGAACGAGCUCAGGCUGACCAUUCCUGCAGGGAAGCAGGUUUUCCUUUACCCAGGGAAGGAUGAACCCAAACACAUCCUGAACAUCAAGAGGGGCAUCAUUUCUGCCCUUCUGGUUCCUCUGGAGACAGAAGAGGCCAAACGAGUGUUGUUUAUGGAUACUGUAUACGGAAACUGCUCCAGUGACUUUACCGUUAAAACAAGGACGGGAAAUGUGGCGACAGAGAUAUCCAUUGAAAGAAACCUGCAGAAGUGCGAUGACUUCAAGCCCAUCAGCACAGGCGUUAGCCCGCUUGCUUUCAUCAAAGGCAUGAUCCGCCCCUUGUCAACUCUGAUCAGCAGCAGCCAGUCCUGCCAGUACACCCUGGACCCCAAGAGGAAGCAUGUAUCAGAAGCCAUCUGCAAGGAGCAACACCUCUUCCUGCCUUUCUCCUACAAGAAUAAAUAUGGAAUGAUGGCACAUGUUACACAGUCUUUGAAACUUGAAGACACACCUAAGAUCAACAGUCGCUUCUUUGGUGGAGGUGACAAGGAGGUGGGCCUCGCAUUUGAGAGCACCAAGUCCACAUCACCUCCAAAGCAGGCAGAGGCCAUUUUGAAGACCCUCCAGGACCUACAAAAACUGUCAGUUUCUGAGCAGAAUGCCCAGAGAGCUAACCUCUUCAGUAAGCUGGUUACUGAGCUGAGAGGCCUCAACAAUGAGGCAGUUGCAUCCCUCUUGCCAAGGCUAAUUGAAGUGUCCAGCCCCAUCACUUUACAAGCCUUGGUUCAGUGUGGGCAGCCCCAGUGUUACAUUCACAUCCUCCAGUGGCUGAAAAAUACGAAAGCCCACCCCCUUCUGAUAGAUAUUGUAACCUAUUUGAUGGCCCUAAUCCCAGAGCCCCCUGAAGAGAGGGUGCAGGAGAUCUUCAACAUGGCGAAGGAGCAGUACAGCCGGGCCACCUUUUAUGCCCUGAGCCACGUGGUCAACAACUAUCAUAAGAUAACCCCACAGACGACGCAAAUCCUGUUGGACAUUGAGGAUUACCUAUUGACACAGAUUCAAAAUGACUGCACUGGGGACAAAGAUCACACCUACUUGAUUCUGAGGGUCAUUGGAAAUAUAGGCAGAGCCAUGGAGCAGGUGAGCCCAAGACUGAAGUCUUCAGUCCUGAAAUGCAUCAGAAGCACAGAGCCAUCACUGCUGAUUCAGAAAGCUGCUAUCCAGGCCCUGCGGAAAAUGGAAUCUAAUGAAGAGGUCCAGGAAGCCCUUCUUCAGGCUUUCCUUGAUGGUGCCUCUCCAGAGGAUAAGAGACUGGCUGCCUAUCUCAUGCUGAUGAGGAAGCCUUCCCAGGCAGAUAUUAACAGAAUUGUCCAACUUCUACCACGGGAACAGAAUGACCAAGUAAAGAAUUUUGUGGCUUCCCACAUUGCCAACAUCUUAAACUCAGAAGAAUUGUAUAUCCGAAAUCUGAAAGCGUUACUGGAAGAAGCUCUAAAAGGAUCUCAACUUCCAACAAUCAUGGAUUUCAAAAAAUUUUCCUGGAACUAUCACUUUUCCAAAUCUGUUUCCCUUCCAUCAUUUGACCCAGUCUCUGCCAAAAUUGAAGGGAAUCUUAUAUUUGAUCCAAAUAAUUACCUUCCUAGAGAAAGCAUGCUGAAAACCACCCUCACUGUCUUUGGAUUUUCUCCAGCUGACCUCUUCGAGAUUGGUUUGGAAGGAAAGGGCUUUGAGCCAACAUUGGAAGCUCUCUUUGGGAAGCAAGGAUUUUUCCCAGACAGUGUCAAUAAGGCUUUGUACUGGGUUGAUGGCCAAGUUCCUUCUCAGGUCUCCAAGGUCUUGGUGGACCACUUUGGCUACACCAAAGAUGAUAAACGUGAGCAGGACAUGGUAAAUGGAAUUAUGUUCAGUGUUGAGAAGCUGAUCAAAGAUUUGAAGUCCAAAGAAUUCCCAGAAGCCAGAGCCUACCUUCGCAUCUUGGGAGAGGAGCUUGGCUUUGUCAGUCUCAAUGACCUACAACUCCUGGGAAGGCUGCUGCUCAGCGGCAUUCGCACUCUGCAGGGGGUCCCCCAGAUGAUCGGAGAGGCCAUAAGGAAAGGCUCAAAGAACGACUUGUUUCUUCACUACAUCUUCAUGGACAAUGCCUUUGAGCUCCCCACCGGAGUUGGAUUGCAAUUGCGAGUAUCCUCAUCUGGAGUCAUCACUCCUGGGACCAAGGCUGGAGUGAAACUUGAAGUAGCCAAUAUGCAGGCUGAACUGGUGGCAAAACCCUCUGUGUCAGUGGAGUUUGUGACAAACGUGGGCAUCAUCAUUCCGGACUUCGCUAGGAGUGGGGUCCAAAUGAACACCAACUUCUUCCAUGAGUCAGGUCUGGAGGCACGUGUUGCCCUGAAGGCUGGGCAGCUGAAGUUCGUUGUUCCGUCUCCAAAGAGGCCACUCAAGCUGUUCAGUGGCAGUAACACAUUGCAUUUGGUCUCUACCACCAAAACGGAAGUGAUUCUACCGCUGAUUGAGAACAGGCAGUCCUGGUCAACUUGCAAGCCUUUCUUUAUUGGCUUAAACUACUGCACCUCUGGUGCUUACUCCAAUGCCAGCUCCAUAGACUCCGCCUCCUACUAUCCACUGACCGGAGACACAAGAUUUGAACUAGAACUGCAGCCAACGGGAGACGUAGAGCAGUAUUCUGCCAGUGCAACCUAUGAACUCCAGAGAGAAGGUACAGCCUUGGUGGACACGCUGAAGUUUGUAACCCAGGCAGAACGUCUGGAGCAGACUGAGGCUACUAUGAUGUUCAAAUAUAACCGACAGAGUAUGACUUUGUCCAGUGAACUCCGAAUUCCAGAUUUUGAUGUUGACUUUGGUACAGUCCUCAGAGUUAACGAUGAAUCUGCUGAAGAAAAAAAGUCUUACAAGCUCACUUUGGACAUUCAGAGCAGGAAAAUCACUGAGGUCACUCUCACUGGCCAAGCAAGUUGCGACACUAAGGGAGAAGGCAAAAUCAAAGGUGUUAUUUCCAUACCCUAUUGGCAAGCAGAAGCCAGAAGUGAGAUCCUCACCCACUGGUCCCCUACAAAACUGCUCCUCCAAAUGGACUCCUCUGCUACAGCUUAUGGCUCAACGAUUUCCAAGAAGGUGGCGUGGCGCUAUGAUGAAGAGAAAAUGGAAUUUGAAUGGAACACUGGCACCAAUGUGGAUACCAAAAAAGUGGCUUCCAAUUUCCCUGUGGAUCUCUCUGACGUUCCUAGAAGCUUGCAUACGUAUGCCAACAGCCUCUUGGAUCACAGAGUUCCUCAAACAGACAUGACUUUCCGGCACAUGGGUUCCAAAUUAAUAGUUGCAACAAACACCUGGCUUCAGAAGGCAUCCAGGAACCUUCCUUAUGCCCAGACUUUGCAAGAUCACCUCAGUGGCCUAGAGGAGAUGAACAUACAGAAAAUGGGAUUGCCAGACUUCCACAUUCCAGAGAACCUAUUCUUGAAAAGUGAUGGCAGGAUCAAAUACACCUUGAACGAGAACAGUAUGAAAAUUGAGAUUCCUUUGCCUUUUGGUGGCAAAUCCUCCAAAGAUCUAAAGAUGUUAGAGACUGUUCGGACACCAGCGCUCGAUCUCAAGUCUGUGGGAUUCCACCUGCCAUCUCAAGAGUUCCGAAUCCCUUCUUUUACCAUUCCCAAGGUGUAUCCACUGCGGGUACCUCUCUUGGGUAUUCUGGACCUGUCCAUGAAUGUCUACAGCAAUGUGUACAACUGGUCCGCCUCCUACACUGGCGGCAACACGAGCACAGAUCACUUCAGCCUGAAGACUCAGUACCACAUGAAGGCCAGCUCUGUGGUAGACUUGCUCUCCUACAGUGUACAAGGAUCAGGAGAAACAACAUAUCACAGUAACACAUUUACAUUAUCAUGUGAUGGAUCUCUACGCCACAAAUUUCUGGAUUCAAAUAUCAAAUUGAGUUAUGUAGAAAAAAGUGGAAAUAGUGCAGCCUCAAAAUGUUUACUAACGUUUGAUGCAACUAGUCCCUGGGGACCACAGAUGUCUGCUGCAGUUCACUUGGACUCAAAAAAGAAACACCAUUUGUAUGUCAAGGAAGUCCAGGCAGAUGGGCAGUUCAGAGCCUCUUCAUUCUAUACUAAAGGCACUUUUGGCCUGUCUUAUCAGAGGGAUCUUAACACAGGCCAGCUAACUGGAGAGUCCAACCUGAGGUUUAACUCUUCCUACCUCCAGGGUACCAACCAGAUAACUGGAACAUACAAAGAUGGAGCACUCUCCUUCACCUCCACCUCUGAUCUACAAGGUGGCCUCCUUAAAAAUACAGCUUCCCUGAAAUAUGAGAACUAUGAGCUGACUCUGAAAUCUGACACCAAUGGGAAGUACAAAGACUUUGCCACUUCCAACAAGGUGGAUGUGAGCUUCUCUAAGCAAAACGCAUUGCUUCGUUCUGAGUAUCAGGCUGAUUACAAGGCACUGAGGUUCUUCACCCUUCUUUCUGGAUCACUCAAUUCCCGUGGUCUUGAAUUGAAUGCUGACAUCUUGGGCACUGACAAAAUUAACAGUGGUGCUCACAAGGCAACACUAAGGAUUGGCCAAGAUGGAAUGUCUACCAGCGCAACUACCAACUUUAAGUAUAACCCACUGGUGCUGGAGAAUGAGCUGAAUGCAGGGGUUGGCCUCUCUGGAGCUUUGGUGAAAUUAACAACAAGUGGCCGCUUCAGGGAACACAAUGCAAAACUCAGUCUAGAUGGAAAAGCCACCCUCACAGAGGUAUCCUUGGGCAGUGCUUAUCAGGCCAUGAUUCUGGAUGUUGACAGCAAGAACAUCUUCAACUUCAAAAUCAAUCAAGAAGGACUUGAACUUUCAAAUGACAUGAUGGGGUCAUAUGCUGAAAUGAAACUUGACUAUACAAACAGUCUGAACAUUGCAGGCUUAUCACUAGACUUCUCUUCAAAACUUGACAACAUUUAUAGCUCUGACAAGUUUUAUAAGCAAAAUUUUAAUUUACAGCUCCAGCCGUAUUCACUUUUAACUACUUUAAACAAUAACCUGAAAUACAAAGCUCUAGAUCUGACCAAUAGUGGGAAAUUACGGCUAGAGCCCCUGAAGCUGAAUGUGGGUGGUAACAUAAAAGGAGCCUACCAAAAUAAUGAGAUAAAACACAUCUACACCAUUUCUUAUGCUGACUUAUCAGCAAGUUAUAAAGCAGACACAGUGGCUAAGGUUGAAGGUGUGGAGUUUAACCAUCGGCUCAACACAGACAUUGCUGGGCUGGCUUCAGCCAUUGACAUCAGUACAAACUAUAAUUCAGACUCAUUGCAUUUCAGCAAUGUUUUCCGCUCUGCAAUGGCGCCAUUUACAAUGACCAUUGAUGCACAUACAAAUGGCAAUGGAAAACUGGGUCUCUGGGGGGAACACACGGGGCAGCUGUAUAGCAAAUUCCUGUUGAAAGCAGAACCUCUGGCCCUUACUUUCUCUCAUGAUUACAAAGGAUCCACAAGUCACCGUCUCAUGUCCAAGAGAAGCAUUGAUACUGCUCUUGAUCACAAAGUCAGUGCCCUACUUACUCCAGUUGGGCAGACAGGUACCUGGAAACUGAAGACCCAGUUGAACAAAAAUGAAUACAACCAGGACUUUGAUGCUUACAACACUAAAGACAAAGUAGGUGUGGAGCUCAGUGGGCGAGCCCUGGCUGACCUCACUAUGCUAGACUCACCAAUUAAAGUGCCAUUUUUACUCAGUGAGCCAGUCAAUGUCAUUGAUGCUUUAGAGCUGAGAAAUGCUGCUGACCAGCCCCAGGAAUUCACUAUUGUUGCUUCUGUGAAGUAUGAUAAGAACCAAGAUGUGCACACCAUCAACCUCCCAUUCUUGAAAAUUCUGCCACAAUAUUUUGAGAGAAAUCGAAUAGCUAUUAUAGCUGUACUGGAAAGCAUACAGAGAAAAUUGAAGCACAUCAAUAUUAAUCAAUUUGUGAGGAAAUACAAAGCAGCCCUGGACAAAGUCCCACAGCAAAUUAAUGACUAUCUGAAUGCAGUCAGUUGGGAGGCACAAGUUACAAAUGCCAAGGAGAAACUAACUGCUUUCACAAAAAAUUACAGAAUUACAGCAGAUGAUCUACAUAUUACAUUGAGUAAUGCCAAAACCAACUUAACUGAAAAACUGUCUCAACUGCAGACAUAUAUGAUACAAUUUGAUCAGUAUAUUAAAGAUAAUUAUGAUCUACAUGAUUUUAAAAUAGCCGUUGCUAAGAUUAUUGACCAAAUCAUUGAAAAAUUAAAAAUUCUUGAUGAAUAUUAUCAUAUCCAUGUGAAUUUAAUAAAAACAAUCCAUGACCUAUAUUUAUUUGUUGAAAAGAUUGAUUUUAACAAAAUUGGAAGUAGUACUGCAGCUUGGAUUCAAAAUGUAGAUACUAAAUAUAAAAUCAGAAUCCAGAUACAAGAAAAAUUGCAACAGCUCAGGACACAGAUUCAGAAUAUAGACAUCCAGAACCUUGCUGAGAAGUUAAAACAACAGGUUGAGAUUAUUGAUAUCAGAGUGCUUCUAGAUCAGCUGAGAACUACAAUUCCUAUUCAAAGAAUAAAGGACAUUAUUGAGCAUGUGCAAUACUUUGUUAUAAAUCUUAUUGAAGAUUUUGAAGUAACUGAGAUCAUCAAUGCUUUUAGAGCCAAAGUUGAUGAUUUAAUUAAGAAAUAUGAAGUAGACCAACAAAUGCAGUUUUUAAUGGAUAAAUCAGUACAGUUGGCCCACCAAUAUAAGUUGAAGGAGACUCUUCAGAGGAUAAGCAAUGCCCUAAAACAAGUUGAGAUAAAAGCUUACUUUGAGAAAUUGGUUGGGUGUAUUGAUGAUAAUGUCAAAAAUCUUAAAGCAUUGAAUUUUGAAAAACUUAUGGAAGAAGUAAACAGAUUCCUUGACAUGUUAGUAAAGAAAUUGAGGUCAUUUGAUUAUAACCAGUUUGUGGAUGAAACUAAUAAGAAAAUCCGUGAGGUGACUCAGAGAAUCAACGGUGAAAUCCAGGCCCUGGAGCUACCACAGAAAGCUAAAGCCUUAAAAUUGUUUGCAGAGAAGGUCAAAGCAGUGAUAUCAAUCUAUCUGGAAGACCUAAAAAACACCAAAAUAACCUUACUCCUCAAUUGGCUACAAGAUGCUUUCAGUUCAGCAUCUUUAAUUUACAUGAAAGCCAAAUUCCAAGAGACCCUAGAAGAUGCACGAGACCGAAUAUAUCAAAUGGACAUUCAGCAGGAACUCCAGCGAUGCCUGUGUCUGAUAAGCCAGGUUUACAGCACCCUUGUCACUUACAUUUCUGAUUGGUGGAUUCUUGCUGCUAAGAACCUUACUGACUUUGCAGAACAGUAUUCUAUCCAAGACUGGGCUGAAAACCUAAAAAGACUGGUAGAACAGGGGUUCACGGUUCCUGAAAUCCAGACCAUGUUCGGGACCAUGCCUGCCUUUGAAGUCAGUCUUCAUGCUCUUAAAGGAGGCACAUUUCAGACUCCUGACUUCACAGUCCCUCUGACAGAUUUGAGAAUUCCAUCAGUUGAGAUAAACUUCAAAACAUUAAAAGAUAUGAAAAUCCCAUCCAGGUUUACCACACCAGAAUUUACAGUCCUCAAUACCUUUCACAUUCCUUCCUUUACAAUUGACUUGGUAGAAAUUAAAGUAAAGCUCAUCAGAACCAUUGACCAAAUGCUGAACAGUGAGCUGCAGUGGCCUGUUCCAGAAGUGUACUUAAGGGAUCUAAAGGUAGAUGACACCUUUCUUGCUAGAAUCACUCUGCCAGACUUCUAUUUACCAGAAUUCACAAUUCCUGAAAUUGUAAUCCCAAAUCUUAGCCUUAAAGAUUUUGAUGCUCCCAACCUACGCAUACCAGAAUUUCAGCUUCCCCAUAUGUCACACACAAUCCAAGUACCCACUUUUGGCAAGCUGUAUGGUAUUUUGAAAAUCCAAUCUCCACUUUUCACACUAGACACAAAUGCUGGCAUUGAGAAUGUAACCAUUUCAGUGAACAAGACAAAGAUUGUGGCUUCCUUCAUCGCCAAAGGAGAAUCCAAAUUAGAAGUUCUCACUUUUGAUUUUCAAGCAAAUGUACAACUGUCAGACUCUGAGAUCAAUCCAAUGGUUGUGAAGGAGUCUGUGAAACUCUUCAGCAAGUACCUGAAAACAGAGCAUACGAGUCAAGUGCUAUUUUCUGGAUAUGCUAUUGAGGGAAAGUCAGACACAGUGGCAAGUUUAUUCACAGAAAAAAAUACACUGGAGCUUAGUAAUAGUGUGCUUCUCAAGAUAAACCAACAGUUUACCCUGGACAGCAACACAAAGUACCUCCACAAAUUGAACAUCCCCAAACUGGACUUUUCCAGUCAGGCUGAACUGCUCAAUGAAAUGAAGACACUGUUGGAAGCUGGACGCAUAACGUGGACUUCUUCUGGAACAGGGUCAUGGAAAUGGGCCUGCCCCGAAUUCUCGGAUGAGGGAACACAAGAAUCACAAAUUAGCUUCACUGUGGAAGGACCCAUCACUUCCUUUGUAUUGUCCAAUAAGAUCAAUAGUAAAAAUCUAAGAGUCAACCAAAACUUAGUUUGUGAGUCUGGCUUCCUUAACUUUUCUAAAUUGGAAAUCCAGUCACAAGUUGAAUCCCAGCAUGUAGGCCGUAGCGUUCUAACUGCCAAAGGCACAGCACUGUUAGGAGAUAUGAAGGCUGAGGUAACUGGCAACCAUGAUGCUCAUUUAAGUGGAAAAGUUAUUGGAACUCUGAAAAAUUCUCUUUUCUUUUCAGCACGGCCAUUUGAGAUUACUGCAUCCACAAACAAUGAAGGGAAUUUGAAAGUUAGUUUUCCAUUAACGUUGACAGGGAAGAUAGACUUCCUGAAUAAUUAUGCAUUGCUUCUGAGUCCUAGUGCCCAGCAAGCAAGUUGGCAAGCCAGUGCCAGGUUCAAUCAGUAUAAGUACAAUCAAAAUUUCUCUGCUGGAAACAAUGAGAACAGCAUGGAAGCCCACAUAGGAAUGAAUGGAGAAGCCAACUUGGAUUUCUUAAACAUUCCUUUAACAAUUCCUGAAAUGACUCUACCUUAUACAACACUUACAACUCCCCAGCUGAAAGAUUUCUCCUUAUGGGAAAGAACAGGCUUAAAGGAGUUCUUGAAAACAACAAAACAAUCAUUUGACUUAAGUGUAAAUGCUCAGUAUAAGAAAAACAAAGACAGACAUUCCAUCCCAAUUCCUUUGGAUGUGUUUUAUGAGUUUAUCAGUCAGAACAUCAAAUCCUUCAACAAGCAUUUUGAAAAAGGCAGAGACAAUGCAUUAGAUUUUCUUACCAAAUCCUAUAAUGUCCUUCAUGUCCCUAGGAGUCUUCGCAAACUUUCCUUUCCAGAUUUCAAGCUACCAAGAACCUCAAACAUUUUUAUUCCAGCCAUGGGCAACAUUACCUAUGAUUUUUCCUUUAAAUCAAGCAUUGUCACACUGAAUACCAAUGCUGGACUUUACAAUCAGUCAGAUAUUGUUGCUCAUUUCCUUUCCUCCUCUUCUUCCUUCAUUUAUGCACUGCAGUACAAAUUAGAGGGCUCCUCAAGUUUGACGAGGAAAAGAGGGUUGAAGUUAGCCACAGCUUUGUCUCUGAGUAACAAAUUUGUGGAAGGCAGUCAUGACAGUACCAUUAGCUUAACCAAGAGGAACAUGGAAGCAUCAGUGACAACAACUGCAAAAGUCCAGAUUCCAAUUUUGAGAAUGAAUUUCAAGCAAGAACUUAAUGGAAAUACCAAGUCAAAGCCUACUGUCUCUUCAGCCAUUGAGUUAAAAUAUGAUUUCAAUUGCCCCAAGCUGUACUCAACUGCUAAAGGGGCAAUUGGCCACAAGCUCAGCUUAGAAGGCCUCACCUCCUACUUUUCCAUUGAGUCAUCUACCAAAGGAGAUGUCAAGGGUUCUGUCCUUUCACAGGAAUAUUCAGGGAAUGUUGCCAGUGAGGUCAACACAUAUUUGAAUUCCAAGGGCACGCGGUCUUCAGUGAAGCUGCAAGGGGCUUCCAAAGUUGAUGGUAUCUGGAACUUUGAAGUUAAAGAAAGUUUUGCUGGAGAAGCCACUCUCCGACGCAUAUAUACUAUCUGGGAACACAAUACAAAAAACCUUCUACAGCUCAAGAGCAUCUUUUCAACAUCUGGAGAGCAUACAAGCAAAGCCACUCUGGAACUCUCCCCAUGGAAAAUGUCAGCCCUUGUUCAGGUCCAUGCAAGCCAGCCCAAUUCCUUCCUUGAUAUCCCUUACUUUAGCCAGGAAGUAGUCCUGAAUGCUAACACUGGGAACCAGAAGGUCAGCUGGAAAAGCGAGGUCCAGUUUCAUUCUGGGUCUCUCCAGAACAAUGUACAGCUUUCUAGUGACCAAGAAGAGGCACGCCUUGACAUUUCAGGAUCCUUAGAAGGACACCUGUCAUCACUCAAAGAAAUCAUCCUACCAGUUUAUGAUAAGAGCUUAUGGGACAUCCUAAAGCUGGACGUAACCACCAGCAUUGGCAGAAGACAGUAUCUUCAUGCUUCAACUGCCCUUGUGUAUACCAAAAACCCCAAAGGUUAUUAUUUUUCUGUACCUGUGCAAGAACUGGGCAAUGAGUUCAUUAUCCCUGGAGUGAAACUAAAUGAUCCAAACUCAGUUCUUGUCACUCCUACAUUCCAAGUCCCAUUUACAAAUCUUCAGGUUCCAUCAUACACGCUUGACUUCAGUGAAAUAAGUAUCAGCAAGAAGCUAAGUACUUUAUCAUUUGACCUCAACAUGCCAAUACUACCCAAAGUAAAAUUCCCCAAAGUUGAUGUGUUAACAAAAUAUUAUGAACCAGAAGACUCCUCCGUUCCCUUUUUUGAGAUAACUGUGCCUGAAUCUCAGUUAAUUAUGUCACAGUUCACCCUUCCAAAGAGUAUUUCAAUUGGCAGUGCUGUUUUGGAUCUAAAUAAGGUGGCCAACAAGAUUGCAGACUUUGAUUUGCCAACAAUCACUGUGCCUGAGCAGACUAUUGAGAUUCCUUCUAUUAAGUUAUCUGUACCUGCUGGAAUUUUUAUUCCUUCCUUUGGAUCACUGACUGCACAUUUUGGAGUGGCCUCUCCCCUAUAUAAUACCACUUGGAGUGCUGGCUUGAAAAACAAAGGAGAUCACCUUGAAACAUUUCUGGAUACCACAUGCAGCUCAACGCUACGGUUCCUGGAAUAUUAUCUAAAUAUUGUGGGAACACACAAAUUUGAAGAUGCCACGUUUGUCUGUAAGACCCAAGGGACAUUUUCACACCGUGACUUCAGUGCAAAAUAUAAAGAAGAUGGCAAAUAUCAAGGACUUAUGAAUUGGGAAGGAGACAUUCGCCUUGACAUCACCAGCCCAAGGUUCACUGACGUCUAUCUUCACUACCAAGUAAUCGAGAAGAACCUCUCCUCCUCCGUAGCCUCCCCAGCCAUAGGCACUGUGGUCAUGGACUUGGGAGAAGAUAACGAUGCUUUUAAAUGGGACUUCUACUACCACCCACAGUCCUCUCCAGAUAAAAAACUCAACAUAUUCAAAACUAAGUGGAGGUACCAGGAGUCUAAUGAUGAAGUUCAGAUCAAAGUUAACUGGGAAGAAGAGGCAGCUUCCCAACUGCUAAGCUCUCUCAAAGACAAUGUGCCCAAGGCCGCAGGGGCCGUUUAUGACUAUGUCAGCAUGUACCACCAGGAGCACACAGGGCUAGACCUGAGAGAUGCAUCCUCACGACUGAGAAGCAGCCUGCAGAACAGUGCUGAGUGGGCCUAUCAAGGGGCAGUGAGGCGGAUUGAUGAGGUGGAAAUGGGCCUCCGGAGAGCAGCCAGCAGCAUCACUAGAACCUACCAGCAGUGGAAGGACAAGGGCCAGAAUCUGGACCAGGAACUGUUGGCUCAGGAGAGCCAAGCAGAUUUUCAGAGACUGCAGGAUAUGGUGUUUGAUGGCUCAUUGGGAAUAAUUCAAGAAUACCGUAGAACAGUCAAGCAUCUGAUUGACUCACUCAUUGAAUUCUUGAAUACCACCAAAUUCCAGCUCCCAGGGAAAGCCGGGGCAUAUACUGGAGAUGAACUCUGCACUAUAGUCAUAAGAGAAGUAGGGAAGGUACUGUUGCAGGUAAAUUCAAAAAUCCAAACUGGGUUAGAAAUACUGGUUUCCUAUUACCAAGACCUAGAGGAGAAACAUGAAUUUAUCAAGGACCUAAAGAUUAAAUUUCCUUUUAAUUCAAGAAGCUAUAAACUAAUUGAUGUAUUUCUGAGGAUGGGAGAACUGUUGAACUCUUCAUCACAAGAGGCUCAAAGGGUAUUUAAUGACCUUCAGUCUGUCAAGAGUACAGAGACGCUAAAUGAUCUUCAGAGAUUUUUACAAAGCAUUUUCCAAGGGAUAGAAAAUGAAAUAAACCGCCUAAAGGAGAAGAAAUUUACUUAUCUGAUUAAUGAUGUACGACAUGAUGUCUGGACAAUUUUCAAUAAAUAUAUUUCAUGUGUUUUUAGAUUCCUGGAAGAAAACUUGUAUCUUAAACUUGGUAAGUUUAAUGAACUUAUUCAAAACAAAUAUCAAGAAGCUUCUCAAGAGUUACAGAAGCUCCACCAGUAUAUAAAGGCUGUUAGGGAAGAAUAUUUUGAUCCAAGUGUGGUUGGCUGGACAGUGAAAUAUUAUGAACUUGAAGAAAGGAUAAUUAACCUGAUCAAGGACCUACUAGUCGUCCUCAAGGACUUGCAUUCCAAAUAUACCAGCAGUGUCGCUGGCUUUACUUCUGAAUUCUCAAGUCAGGUUGAGAAAUUUAUGCUCAGAGAUAUCCAGGAAUAUCUUAACAUCCUUACCGAUGCAGAUGGAAAAGGGAAGGAGAAGAUUUCAGAGCUUUCUACCACUGCUCAGAAUAUAAUUAAAAGCUGGGCCAUGGCAAUGAAGGAAAUCAUUUCUGAUUACCACCAGCAAUUCAGAUAUAAACUACAGGAUUUUUCAGACCAAUUCUAUGAUUACUAUGAAAAAUUCAUUGCUGAAUCCAAAAGAUUGAUUGACUUGUCCAUUCAAGAGUACCACAUGUUUCUGAGAUAUAUCACCGAGUUACUGAAAAAGCUGCAGUCGGCCACAGCCAAUGACAUGAGCCCUUAUAUCAAGGUUGCCCCAGGAGAACUUAUUAUUACCUUCUAAUUUUUUUUCAAGUAAUUCUCAUUUAUUCUUCUGUCCCGAUUAAAUUUUUACAUUGUUGGGAAAAUAAUUCAAACAGUUUGUGUUGAUACAGGCAUACAUUGAGCAAGGCUUUCAGAAACAAGGUGAACUUCUAGGAGUCACUUGAUCAACACAUGUCACAGCUGGGCAGAGAGCCAGCCCUGCAGCAGGCAGCUAAGUACAAGCAAAAGCACACGGGAACCGGACCAGCACUGAAGCUAGCAUCGGGGCUCUAAAGGUCUCUGAACUCUGGGGAACUACAUUUUUGCAAGUUAAACACAAUUAUCAUCUGUUAUUUUGCUAAACUUGGGGUGGGGUGGGACACAAAUAAAUGAAUUCUGUAUUAUGUACCAUACCACUCUAUGUGGCUUCUUCAUAUUGAAAGAGAGCGAUAUGAGGGCAUAGAUUCCAAUGUUCUGGCAUUUCAAAACCUCUGGAAGAACAUACACUGUGGUUUGAGUGAUAGGGUAAAAGGGGAAAGAGUGAAUGUGUAGGGGGACAUAUUUUACCACCUAAAAGGGAGGUGACUG